AUGCAAACUAUUCCGCGGCUGAUACAAUCCAGGAUGCUUCGAAGAACAUUUCACAAACUGUACGUUCCGGGUGGAAUCAUGUCGGCCGGGCUGCUCCCAUUCACCAUCAGCAAUCAUGAUCAGAUAAAAAUCGACACCCAAACCGUACAGAGCAUGUACGAGGAGGCGCCCGGUGACAAACAAACCGGCAUGGAGCGAUUACAAAUGAUGUUUACGAUUGACGAGUUUGGCCGAGUAUCGACUGAGCUGAACUCCAUCUAUCAGGCCGGUUUUAUUGGCUUUCUGUUCGGCGCUUGCUAUGGUGGGUUCAUAAAUUCACGCGUCGCCUACGUGAACUUUCUCGAGCGUAACCAGGCAACGGCGUUCCAGUCAAGCUUUGAGGCAAAGAAGAAGCUACAGGAGCAGGUGACGCUUAACUUCGCCAAGGGUGCGUUCCGAUGGGGUUGGCGUUUGGCGCUCUUUACCACGAGCUACGUUGGCAUACAGACGAUGGUUUCGGUGUACCGAGGCAAAUCUUCACUGUACGAAUACAUGGCCGCCGGUGGCGUGACGGGUGCAAUGUACAAAUUCAGCAUGGGUUUACGUGGGAUGGCUUCCGGUGGGCUAGUGGGGCUAGCGCUCGGUGGGCUGGCCGGUGGACUCUCGCUUGGUAUAAUGCGUGCGACCGGUACUACGAUGGAAGAGGUUCGAUUUUGGCAGUACAAAUGGCACACGAACCGUGAACAGGUCAUAAGGGAUUCGAUAAAAAAGCAAACGGAUGCGGAAGAGGAACCACUGGUAACGCACCACCACAACAAGUUCGGUGCCGGCAACAUUGAUCUCGAUGCAAUCGAAGCAGAGAAGCGCAAAAUUCAACUGGCCGUUGAGCGGGAAACGAUUAUGAAGAAACUGGAGCAGGAAGAACAGAUGGAAGUAAAGGUUAAAUAG